UCACCUCCGGUCGCCCUCGAGACCCUGCUCCGCCGUCCCCAGCCGCUAGCCGCUUCCUCGGACACCGCCGCCCCGGCUGCGGUCGGGUCGGGCCAUUUCCCGGCCCCCGGCGGGCUCCUGAGGAAGCCGCCGCCGUCGCCGUGGCUCGGCGGCUCCUCGGCGAGGGGCUUCCACGCGAGCCCCGGGCCGCUGGGUUUCCGGGCGUCGGGGGCUUCGCGGGCCGAGUUCGCCAUCGACGAUUUCGCGCCCUACGACGAGGAGAAAGGGAGCGGCGGUAGCGACGAAGGUCUCGAGAUCGCGAAGCUCGGGAUUGCUCCGGAGAUCGUCUCUGCUUUGGCUGAGAAGGGCAUAACUAAGCGCUUUCCCAUACAGAAAGCUGUGCUUGAACCAGCAAUGCAAGGGCGGGACAUGAUCGGCCGAGCCAAAACUGGAACAGGAAAAACUCUUGCUUUUGGGAUCCCCAUCAUGGACAAGAUAAUUCAGUUUAAUGCAAAACAUGGACGUGGGAGGAAUCCCUUGGCUUUAAUCUUGGCUCCAACAAGAGAACUUGCUAUACAAGUUGAUAAGGAAUUCUGUGAGUCUGCUCCCAAUUUGGAUUCUAUUUGUGUUUAUGGGGGUACACCCAUCGGCCAACAAAUGAAGCAGCUUGACUAUGGUGUUGAUGUCGUUGUUGGAACACCUGGUCGUAUUAUUGACCUGCUCAAGAGAGUUGCACUGAACUUAUCAGAAGUCCAAUUUGUUGUCCUUGAUGAAGCGGAUCAGAUGCUUGCAGUGGGAUUUGAGGAAGAUGUUGAAACAAUAUUACAGAAGUUGCCACAGAACAGGCAGAGUAUGAUGUUUUCAGCGACGAUGCCAAAUUGGAUAAAAAGCCUCACCAGGAAAUAUUUAAAGGAUCCGUUGACUAUUGAUUUGGUUGGAGAUUCUGAUCAAAAGUUGGCGGAAGGUAUUUCACUAUAUUCGAUUGCAUCGGACAUGUAUGGAAAAGCAUCAAUUAUUGGACGUCUGAUAACAGAACAUGCAAAAGGUGUGUUGAAUCGAUGGCGGAAUCUAUCCCGUUCCUGAUGUGACGGGACUAAACCUGAAUAGGACUUAUGGGAGCCAUCUUUUGGCCCGACAUGGCCCGUGAUGGUCUUGUGCCGUGCCAUUCCGUGGGCAGGUUGCCUCCAGUGAUAUUGGACGGGUAGUCACUUGGAUCGAGUUAUGGACCUAGCAGGAAAAGUGUGUUGAAAAUAGUUCUUAUUGCUCGUUUGCAGGGUUUUAACGGUCUUUAUAAAAUCCAUCUUUACUUAAAGAAUGAUAUUUUGGGAUUAGACUUUCUAACAGCAGCAGUGAUCUUUCGUAUUUAUUAUGGGCUAUAAGUCUAAUCAGCCACAU